AAAAAAUUCUAAAUUAGUUAAUUUUGAAAAUUCGCGCGGUAAGCUUCGUGUGAAUCAAAAGCUAAAAAUAGCUUUAAGUCAUUGCAUUAAAUUUCGUACGAAAAGAAAACAAAAAUAGAAUAGACAACUAAUUUACAUGGUCUUAAAGCUAUCUAUUGUAAGAAAAAUGUCCCACUGAGCACAGAUUGAACAAUUAACACAAAAUAAAAACAGUACACAAUGGCCGAUAUUGAUAGUCCUCGACCCUUUCGGCGGGAACGUAAUUUAAGUAAUCGAAAUUUUGCCAAACGUGGCUCGAAUCGGCGACGUCUAAGCACUGACAGCCACGCUUCAACAGAUUCCAGGCUUUUUGAGCCAAUUUGUGAUGAAAAUGCAGAGACCCCAACAAAUGGUCACAACAAUAGCCUAUCGCAGCCGCCUACGCCAUCCGCAACCACAAUGAGUUGCAAAAAUAUUUUACAUUCAGUGAGUUCAGAUACCGUAGAAGCCUCUGUAAACCACAAGCCAAAACAAAAAAAUCGCUCACUUGAUUUUCCCCUUACGAGUACGAGUACUGCAACAAUUGGGGAUGAUGAUGCGCCACAGAGUCAUGAAGAUUUAGAUCCUGAAUCACCAGAUCCCGCCUUAUUGGAUGUCAAGCAAAAGCUUUUAAUGUUUGAAAACUUUCAUACAUCGGACCGCUUUAAAGCGGCAAAAUUCAAAUCGCUAUCGACGCAAUCGCUGUUGAACAGUGAGCGAAGAUUGAAUUACCGCAAAACCAAAUCUCCUUCACCCAAGUCCACCACAUCAUCGAUAUCGUCGUCGAAUUCGGGUUCAUAUUCAAUUCAUGAUUUAUCUGAAACCUCAAGCAUGGGCAAUGAGGUAUCCGUAAUGGAUAAGCGUUAUUCUGCAUUCCAUCAGAGCAUUGAUGAGGAACGUUCCGAAGAUGAUGUGGAUGGCUUUGAAGUGGCCGAAGAAGUGUUUGAAGAGGGGGCCACUGAAGAGUAUGGCACUAGAAGCAGUAUGGAUGAUAAUAAUAAUAACCUGAAUAGCGGUAGUCAUCGAGAAUCCUUGAAAGGGGAACAUGUGUCCUCUGUGGCAGCGGUGAAUACAGCACUUUUGGCACCAUUCUUAAAACAUUCACAAAGUCAUGGCGAUGAUGAAACAAACCAAAGUGAUGAAAAGCAAACCAGCCAGCAACAGCAGGAAGGCAAGCAACAAACAACUAAACCACCUUCCAAAGAUUUUCCUAGAAAUUUCCGUUCCCGCCCCUUGACCGAAAUUGCUGGCUCACAAACUCUGCGUGUACGUGGAGAAAAAUACAACUCAUUACGUUCUACAUUGACUGAUGCCGAUGAUGAGGAGCAAAUUGAGCUACGUGAUAAGGGCUACGGCUGCAUACAGCCCAUAUUGGAUGAGUUGAUAAAGACCGAAGAGAGCUAUGUAGAGAAUCUCUGGACGGGCAUAAGAAACUAUGGCAAUAUAUUCGAACACAAGGAUCUGCCCAUGGGCUUGAGGGGCAUGAAAUACAUCCUCUUUGGCAAUGUGGAGCAAUUGGCCGAAUUUCAUCGUGAUGAGUUUUUACCCAUGUUGCAUAGAAAUCGUCAUGAUUUGAAACGUUUAUUUGAUGAAUUUCUAUACUACAUAGAGCAAAAUUAUUUUUAUGGCUAUGUUUUGUAUACAAUGAACAAACAGAGUUCCUUGAAAUUAUGUGAUAUUUAUAAGAAUUACUUUAAGGGGAUCCAAACAGAAUUAGAUGAUAAAUUGGGCAUUAACAGUUUUCUGGUGCAACCCAUUCAACGCAUGGCUCGUUAUCCUUUGCUGUUGACGCAGUUUAUAACGACAUUAUUCAAGAAUCGUGACUUCAUUUUGAAACCCGUAAUUGAGUCCUGCUGUCGUUUGGAGAAAAAAUUGAGAACUCUCUUAACCACCAUCAAUGAAUCGGAGAUUAUCAAUGAUAUUGUAUGCCUAAGUGAAACACAUGAGUUUAAUACCGCCUAUCAAGGGAAAUUCCGUAAAGUCAGUGAAUUCCAUGUGCAUGAUCAUACGCUUAAGCGCAGCUAUCGCUCCAAGGUAUUCAUGUUCGACAAAUGCAUUAUCUACACCGAAAUCAAGGGGAAGCAAUUGAUCUUUCAUGGUCGUUAUCCUUGCGAACAUAUAGGCAUAACACCAAAAACGAAUUCCUUUACACUGUUCUAUGAGCAACGCAAAAUGCAGGAAUGCGAUUUUUCGGCUGAUCAAACGCUCAUAGAGCAAUGGCUGGAGUUGAUACGAGAAAUGAUGACCUUGUAUGCCAAGGAAGAACGCAAACGCUUUAAGGAGAAGCUAGCCCUCGAACAAGGCGAAGAUCACAUACAUCCGAAACCUGCUAAUCUAUCACUAUUUCGUGAUUCAAAUCGCUUUAGCACAGACAGUGGCAUUGGCAAUAUGUGGGUUGUGCCCAAGGCAGAGGUUGAUGAGCCAGUUGCUGCCAAUCGUACCACCUGGUAUGCCACAUCCUAAAUGGUCAAGUGCUGGGAUUGCUGCUGAGCACAGUGGUGGUUAUACUGCCGAAUAUUGAGGACAACGAUAAAGUUAGGCAUAGUUGGUAGUAUUUACUAUCUAAGUAGUAUUUUAUUUAUAUAAAUGUUGUAUUUGU